GCUGCUUCAUCAUUCUCGUUGCCUUCUUUUUUCUCCAAUCGCGAAACUUGCUCUCGUCCUUCUCCUUUCUCCCGACUUCCCGAUCUCGCUCGGACGAUUGAUUCGGUGUAACUCUCUUCCGCCUCCGUCUCCGGUCGUCGCUGCUUCUUCUUGGCCCGAUCAUGGCGUCGGGUAAUGUUCAUCCACUGCCCAAGUUCGGAGAAUGGGAUGUCAACAAUCCUGCCUCAGCCGAAGGGUUCACUGUCAUAUUCACCAAAGCUCGGAAUGAAAAGAAGACCAGCAAUUCUAAUCCCCCACUAGCCCCAAUAAGAGACGAUGUAAAUGAUCUCAAAACAGAAUCACCCCACCAGAGUCCGAGAAAGAGUAAGAAAUUGUUUUGCUGUUGUUGACUUCUGCUGUUGCUGGAGCACUGUACGUGCACAUCUGCUGCCUUGUGGGGAUGUCAAGUCCUUAAUUUAUCUGUUUAUUGUGGUGUGAAGCAUUUUAAUUGAGAUCUUUUAGCUCUUCUGUGUAUGUCGAGUAAUUGUCUGUAUAGGCUAACAAGGAUUAACAUAAUUUAUAGUUCUUCCUGUUUGUUUA